GAUGGCUAGCCGGGCCAACAUUUCGGAAGCAUUGUCACACAGCCAAGAGAUGACAGAUGUUCGUGAAGGCUGGCAGAGGAUUGGUGAAAUAGACCUAAAACAUACGCUGUCGAAUCCUCUGCCGUCUGGAUAUAGUCGACAAAGACCGCAUGCAUUUGCACUCCAGCAGCCGAAUGGAGGAGUGUAUUUGUUUCAGGUGGGAUCGGCUUCGGAGGUUCUUGAGUGGGUUGAGACGUGCAACUAUUGGGCUGCUCGAGAGAGUAGGGAACCACUCACAGGGGGGAUUAGUAACAUGGAGUACGGCUGGGGUGAGUGCCUGGACGGAAUUGGACUUGAUUCUGCCGGGGAUCCCUAUUACCAUCUUCUACAGUCAAGAGACACGACUGUCCAUGAGUGGCAACCACCCGUGCCUCCGUCUGGCCCAAGUACUAUGGACCAACAUGCUCAAUUGGGAGCCUUGCACCGGCACGUCAGGGAACUCAACGAGGAGUUGGACAAGCAUCGGGACAUGAAGCUCAAAAUGGAGCUCCGGUUCUUAAAGUCUCAGGGUAUGCAAGCCAUGACUAACUGGGAAAAUAAGUCACAUUAUUUACUUCAUGAGAUCAUCAAAUACCAGAAUUACUGUGAUGCUAUUGAGAAGGCUAUCCUUGCAGGCAAGGCAACACCAGAAGAGAGAAAAAAGGCUCCAAGCGUAAUGCUGUCCCACCCUUCAAAAUGAAUCUGUGAUACGUUGCCUUUUUAUUUUUAUUUUUAUUUUACACACAGCACGUUUAUAUAAUAUGUUAUUAUCAUUAUUAUCAUCAUUUAUAUUUCUUACCCUCGUGGGUUAUUUUUACCAUUAUUACUAUUACUAUUAUAUAUUCUCCCCUCAAUAAUAGGAGACAUAAAUAAUUUU